UCUCUUUCUCUCAGGGUGGAAAGGAAGCUAUAUUGUAACUGGUAAAAACUUUCUGCCUUAGAAAUGAGUUGGAUGGUUGGCCUUUUUAGCCUUCAUUAAUGGAAGUCCACAAUCACCUUUUGAAGAGGAUAGAGUAGAUAGAUAGAAUGUUAGAUAAAGAGAGAGAGAUAAAAUGAGAAGUGAUAUGAAAUAGUGAAGAGAUUAAGAAGGGGAACGACAAAAGAUACAAAGAUAGAAAGAGAGAGGAGUGAAAUGAAAUAGAAUGAGUGAGAGGAGAGAAAGAGAAGGUUGAGAGGAAGGUAAAACACCAGCAGUAAUUAGUUACCAAAUUCUGACUGUUGAAACAACAACAACAACACAAGUCAGUUCCUCAACUCCAAAUAGCAGGACAUUAUCAAUGGGAUUAUACCACAAAUUCAAACAGGUCAAAUAAGUUUUGGAAAACUCUAAGAUUUCUUAACGAUGGUUGGAGAAGCAGGUAAACUAACCAAAACAUACCAAGAAUUCAUUCAGUAUGAGUCAACAUUAACAAAUGUUUUCCUUCUCUAUAACUAACAGCAGUUAGUGGCUGAUCUACUAGCUUCAAUAAACUGUUGCCAAUAUCUUCAUCCCUCUAAAUAUAUCUAACUUCUCUGUUCUGCACUGGUCUGGUCUGAAUAAAUUUUGUUUAGAACAACAGCUCUCCAGUUUAUUGAGCUGAUGUUUCUGCAAUAAGGCAUGCUUUUAUAUGGCAGAAGAAGAGACAAAAUCAGAGGCUUGGGUUAUUUUAGCACUGAUUCAUGUAGAGACUAUAUGUACUAAUAACAACAGCAUCAGAGGCAUUUACAGAAGAAAUGGACCGAAAUAAACAAACACUUGCUUCUCACUUUCAAGAAAAUAUCAUAUGAAAUUCUAAGACAAACAAAAACAACACUGAUAAUAAUAGCACCAGCAGACAGAAGAGUAGUUUAUCAUUUUCUGAGAUAGAAGAAAAAAAUUUCCCUCGAUGGAGAUGUUGCUGGUGUUGUCACUGACACUACUCUUCAACAGUGUGUCGAUUCACUGUAGGCCUUAUAUACAAAAGUCAACUCUUAAGGAGGAAACAGACCAAAAAGGAUUUCCUGUCAAUUUGGAAACAAAACUGGCAGCAGUUGAGCCACACCUUCACCGUUCAAUAUCAACAAACAAACAGAAUGGUUAUAUCCAAAACUCAACAGGUUUGUCAGUAACGUCUAUUUCCGCCAACAGAGCAAGAAAACCCAGAGUAGAUAAUAAACAAGAGAAAUACUUUAUUGACAACGAUCGAAAGACCAAAGCUGUAGAACAGACUACAAAGGCUGGCAUCAACCAAAGCCAGGAAUUUCUGUAUAAACAGCAUAAGGCAGCUGCACCUCUAAAAUAUGUCCCUGCUAGCAAAAAAUCUAUAGAUAUUAAGAAGGAUUUACAUGUGGAUAAAAGUAAUUCUUCGCAACAAAUACCAAAUAUGGUUUUAAAUGUUCUAACUGCAAUAGUAGCAUUUAUUUGCAUUGCAUUGACUGUGGCAAUCUUUAAAUGCUGCUGUUGGAAAAAACAACCUACAGAUGAUGAUGAUGAUGAUGACAAUGUCAAGGAUCAUAUAAGGCAGGAAACAGAUGAAGCUAGUGAUGUUGACAACCAAUCAGAUAUUUCAGAGAGCCAAGAGGAACAAACAAAUGAAAAACUUCAGGAACCUGAGCAAGAAGAACUUCUUUCAAUAAAGGAUAAAAUCAGAGCGUUUGAGAGCCAACCACCAAAACUAAUUGUUAACAACACUGUAGAAGUUGCGGUGAAGAAACCAUGCUUCAGGUAUUCUGAAACUUACGAAGAAGAACUCCCUAGUGAUAUACUCAUAAUGGGUCAAGUUUUACGAAAACAUGGCGAUGCUUCAGACAAGGAUCAGAAGCAAAAAGGAGGGAAAGGUUCUAUAAAACAUUCUGUAGACAAAAAUAAAAAUGAGAAUAUUGAAGAUGACUUUGGAUUAAUACAGAGGGAAUCAGAAAUUUUAAAAUCGUUCCGGAGACCACCAGCACCUCGAAACAGGGCAAAAUCCAGUCGUAUAUCCAGAAAGGUUCUUCCAACAAUAGAGAGCAAUGAUUUAGAGUUCAUUUCCCAUGAAGGCAAAGACACUGUUCACUUCACAGAACAAAGUACAGAGAGCAAGGAAGUCAAAAAGAAGCAACAGACCAAUUUGGUGCCAAUUGUUCUGACAGAUAAAGUCAAAAACAAGAACAACAAGAAAUGUAGUAGAAGCAGCAGUAGUAGCAGCGACAGUAGCAAGAGCAGUAUUGAAGAUGCAAAUGAUAAAGAGCAAAGUGGAGGAGUAGAUACUGGUAAUGAAGUAGUUAGUUUGUUGACAGAGGAUGUUGGUGAGGAUUUAUCCCUCAAACAAGGCCCAUGUUCUCACAAUGAUCAAACUGAAGAUAUCAAUCAGACCUCCAGCUCCGUUGAAGAUAACGUUGAUCACCAAAGUGACAAAGACAAUAAAAGCGAUGAUGACAAUGAAGAAAAGAAAGAAGAGAAAAGUGAGGAGGAGGUGAGCAUAGAAGACAAUGCAGAAGAUCUGAUUGAACUAGAAGUGGACAAAAAUACCAGCAGUUUAGUCUCAGAAAUAAUGGAAGAAUACAAUUCUAAAAGAAUGUCACACAAUACAGAUGAACAAAGUGAAAAAUUAUCUUUGUCAAAGAAUCAUCAACAACAGAAAGUGAAAAUGAAGCAGAGAACAAGCAAGAAGAGGUAAAAGCAGAAGUGGAUAUAACAGCAUCAGAAGAACUAAAAACUGAAAGUGAGAAGAUUAUCAAAGAAACAGCAGUGGAGAUUAUGGAAGAAAAAAGUGAUAUGUUAAUGGAAGCUAAACCCACAAUCACAGAAACAGAAGAGGAGGGUAACGUGAUGGAAGAAGAAGCAGCGGCACAGGAGGCAUCGGCAGAAGAAGAGGUAGAGGAGGAAGAGGCAGAAGAGGAAGAAAGCAUGCAAACCAAGCUUUGAUACACAAUAACAUAUAUUUUUCUUUGAUUGAUUGAGAGGGAGAGAGAGAGAAAGAGAGAGAGAGAGAGAGAGAGAGAGAGAGAGAGAGAGAGAGAGAGAGAGAGAGAGAGAGAGAGAGAGA